AUGAUAGCAAUAAGUAAGUAUUAUAACAAAUUGAAAUGCCCUUCUGAAGAUAAGACUCAUGUUUUUGAUAAUCCGAAAUAGUUUAUUUCUCACUUGGCUGAAUGUGAAAUACUUAAAGAAUUUGCUUUAAAAAACGAGAACCAAGAUGGGUUAUUAAAGUUUCUUGUUUGCCCAAAGAAUUUUUAUCAUCUCAAAUUAGUUAAAGAAGAAAAUGAUUUUGAUCUUCUUACUUUAAGCAAAAAUAUAAAUUUCUGUAGAUGUUUAAAUGAAAAAAAUAGUGUAUAUGCUAACUAAUAAAGAACCAUCUAAUUUAAGCAAAGUGAAAUGAAAGAUUACCUAAAAUUUUAUUUUAUUGCUGAAGAAAACAAAUUACAUUAAGAUUAGUAGAGCUAAAUUGUUUAUUAAGAUUUAGAAGAUAUAAGAAGUUAAUUUCUGAAAAGCCAAUUGCUGACAAAGAAUAUCUAAAAGAAUAAACUAAUUUACUUUAAAUUUAAUGAUGAAUUAUAUUAAAAUGUAGCUUAAUUUCGUUUAGUAAAAGAUCAUUAAGGUAUGAAGUAAUAUAUUUAAAAGCACGAAAAAAUAGAUGAAUAAUUUGAAAUUAUUCCACGAAAUGAGAUAAAUCUUAUUUGUGAGGAUUAGGCAUUCAUAAGGUAAUCCCUAAAACCUAGAAUAAUUAUGGAAGUUGAAACAACCAAUUUUAAUUCAUUCAGGAUACAAAAUUAUUUCGGUAAAAAGAAUUUUGUCUCUUGUGUAAGGUAUAAAGAUGACAUAUUACUUAUGUUUAACAGUAAAAAACUGCUAAAUAUGUCUAACUCUGAUAACUCAUUCUUUAUUAUGAAUCUCGAACAAUCAGAAUAUUUAAACUUAAAAGAAAGAGAAAAAUAUGAUUUGCAUAUUGCAUAUUUAAGAGAAAGCUAUAAAAUAAAAUAGGAAUUAUAAGCUAAUCUAAAAAACAAAUUUGUUCCAAUACAAACCUAGGAGCUAACCUCAUCUAAUUAUUAUUAAUCUGAAAAUCAAAAGUCAAUUAUGUGCGAAAAUUAGAAUAUAUUAAAUAGCUCUCAACAUAAUAAUUAACCAUAAACAUCAAAUUCCCCUUAAAAAAAUACUGUUGAAAAUAAUAAGGAUAAACCUGUAUUAAAUAACUUAAGAAGAGUUAUUAAAAAAGUAAACAAAAAUGAUCAGACUAAAAUUUUAGUAGCAAAAAAAAUAAUUGUUUGUCCUAAAAGGGUAGAUGAAAAUUUAAAAAAAGUUAGAGAGAAAUGUCUUUCAAAGAUAGUUUUACUUAAAGAAAGAUUUGAAUUUUAUUUAAAAAAAGAAAUAAUUUUUUAAAGACUAUAAAAAUAGGAAUAAAUCUUAGAAGAAGAGCUUAAAGCAAUUUAAGAAGAAGAAUAUCAAAAUUGA